CCUGUACUGUGUCCGCAGUCUCUGGUCAUCUCCUGUACUGUGUCCGCAGUCUCUGGUCAUCUCCUGUACUAUGUCCGCAGUCUCUGGUCAUCUCCUGUACUGUGUCCGCAGUCUCUGGUCAUCUCCUGUACUGUGUCCGCAGUCUCUGGUCAUCUCCUGUACUAUGUCCGCAGUCUCUGGUCAUCUCCUGUACUAUGUCCGCAGUCUCUGGUCAUCUCCUGUACUAUGUCCGCAGUCUCUGGUCAUCUCCUGUACUAUAUCUGCACUCUCUGGUCAUCUCCUGUACCCAUGUCAACUAUUGGCGGCUCUCCCUUCUCUGGUAGUCCUGUACAUGGCAGUAAGAGGCUGAUAAAAAUAAAAAGUUUAGGGAUUUCUAGUAGGAGUUUUUUCUUUUGGUCAUCUCCUCUAUGAAUGCUAUCUAGGUGCAGUCCAUCUGG